AUGACAACUUGUCACAUGCAGCGUCAAAUGCUCUUCAGAUCUCGUCGCUUUGUCAGCUCAAAGCGAACAUCCAAUUGUUUCGCAUUGCUUCCAACUUCUCUGCAAGUAUUUUAUGAGCUAAAUGGCCACUUUCUCGUGCCUUACAACUUUCAGGUUCCACAAUCUGAAUAUCUUAAUUCGACCCAUAAUCCCUGGCCAAAGGAGACACGCGGUCUUAAUUUGGGUCGCAUACUCCGUAACUUUGUUCAUGCUUCGAAUACUGAAAGAUCUAUGAAGAUCCAGAGUGUGCGCAUGCAACUAGACGGUAUCGGAUUUCCAAAACUUCGUGACUGGAAUCAAUUUCAGUGGGAAGAGGUGACACUCCCAGCUCUAAAGACAUAUAAGCAGAUUAUAGGGAAUUUAUCUGUCCCGCGCAAGUUUAUUGUUCCUGAAAGAGAUCAACAAUGGCCAAAUGCAACGUGGGGACUGAAACUAGGCGCACAUGUGAAUACUCUGCGCCAGAGUCGAGAGAAACUAACGGUACAACAGGUUCAAGACCUUGCAGAUAUCGGAUUUAUAUGGACAGUAGCAGAUUACAAGUGGAAUGAUCUCUUUAUGCCUGCAUUGCAGCAUUAUCGAAAACUAUAUGGUCACUCUCAAGUUCCUCAACAUUUUGUAGUUGAAGCUGACAAGGAAAGCAAAUGGCCGACACAUUUAAUUGGGUAUCGACUUGGCAAGGUGAUUAAUUCAAUUCGGUCGUCGUUAGCGUUGACGGAUUAUGUGCGGCAAAAUAGAAUAGAGUUAGAGAAGAUGGGAUUUUAUCUUCGUAGCACCGACCACAGAUGGCAAAAAGUUAUUCUUCCAGCUUUUCAAACGUAUUAUCAAGUCUACAGAAAUUGCAACGUGAAACGAGAUUUUGUUGUGCCUGAAAAGGAGCCAUGGCCACUAUCAGUCAGGGGCAUCAACCUUGGGAUGAUUGCGCAGAACAUUCGAUACCGAGGAGAUUAUUUUCUGCAAGUUGCACGAGACUAUGAAACGCUUGAAAAGAUUGGAUUUGUAUGGAGUGCUGCUGCAUUCAAGUGGCAAUAUGUAGUGCUGCCAGCACUAAACACAUAUGUGCAUCUGUUUGGUAAUGCUCAUGUCCCUACUGACUUUGUCGUACCAUCAAACAAUCAAUGGCCAGAAAGAUCGCACGGUUUUAAACUAGGGGCUUUUGUCACAUGCCCAAAGAGGAGAGAAAGAUUUACCGACUAUAUCGAAAUUGACCGAUUGCACUUGGAAGAACUUGGAUUCUUUUGGUCGUCUUUUACUCUAGACAAUUGCAAGGAUAAUGGCGGGAUUGAGUUCCUUAUAGAAUAA